AUGUCCACUGAUGAAUCUUUCAGGUGGACACUCACGAGCACAUCGGAGAGCACAGGGAAUCCAGGAAAAGACAUGGAGCUGGACAUGAUGAGAGACAUGAUCAACAAGUCCAAGGACCAGAAGAUCAAGCUGAAACUGGGCCAAGUCCAAGCGGAAGAAGACGCCAACCAAUUCCUGAACGAGUCACUCAACAAGCUGUAG